AGUCGGCGACGCACAGGCCCGCAAAGCGAAAAGGCGAAGCCAUGCUUGGGUAGACGUGUCUGACGAUGACUUGCACGUCAAGUCUGCGGCAAAACACAAAAUAAGCCGAUGAAAGGUUCACCAAACUCGGUACUGCGUACGGAUGGCUCUCUGAGAAAGAAGCGGCGAUUUGGUACGCCUGGAAAGCCCUUGUCGCACGGCUCUUCGUCCCAGUCGGUACAGGCACAACGAGCAGGGCUACCUAUUGCCACAGGUAAACGUGCCCUCAUUGAGGAGAUUCGUAAAAACGAUGUCAGCAUUUUGGUCGGUGAGACUGGUUCAGGCAAGACAACACAGGUACCCCAAUAUCUGCUCGAAUCGGGCAUCGCGGGUCAAGGUAUGAUCGCAGUCACCCAACCGCGAAAAGUGGCCGCCACCUCUCUCGCCGCCCGAGUAGCAACAGAACAGAACGUCUCAGUCGGCAGUCUAGUUGGUUACUCAGUACGGUUCGACGAAGCGUCGUCAGACGAAACCCGGAUAAAAUACGUCACGGACGGCAUGCUGGUUCGCGAGCUGCUUGGCGACCCCCUCCUGUCACGGUACAGCGUAGUCAUCGUAGAUGAAGCGCACGAGCGGACAUUACGCACAGACCUUCUCAUUACCAACUUGAAGGACAUUCAGCGAAGGCGCAAUUCCCCGUCGGAUGUUAAGGGAAAGAGCUCAGCGGCGAAGCUCAACCCGCUGAACGUCAGCCAACCAGACUAUGUGGAUGCCGCGAUGCGCACAUUCUUCCAAAUACACACAGACCAGCCACCUGGUGAUGUCCUAAUCUUCUUACCAGGGCAGGAAGAUAUCGAGGGCUUAGAACGAUCGAUACAGCUAUACGUAGAUAGACUCCCUAAGGAUAUACCUUCCAUCGUAGUGUGCCCAAUGUAUGCCGCCCUACCACCCAGUCAACAAGCGCGAAUAUUCACGCUCGCUCCGGCCGGGUACCGAAAGUGCAUCCUCGCUACCAACAUCGCGGAGACCUCCAUCACCAUACCUGGUAUCAGAUACGUUAUUGACACGGGCAAAUGCAAGGAGAAGCGAUACGUUGCGCGUGACUCAGGGACUGGCUUCGAUACUCUGCUCACCAGAGACAUUACGAAGUCGUCCGCCAUGCAACGCGCCGGGCGUGCCGGUCGGGAGGGGCCAGGUUUCUGCUUCCGCUUGUACACCGAAGAUGCGUUCGACGCUAUGGCGGAGUCCGCUGAACCUGAGAUUAGGCGGUGCGCCCUCACAUCGAGUAUGUUGCAGCUCAGAUGCCUCGGGCAAGACAUCGAGGAGUUGGACUUCAUGGACAAACCCGACCAGGAAGCUAUCGGCGCGGCGCUGAAGACGCUCUAUCUCCUGGGGGCGUUGGACAACAAGAGAUGUCUCACCAAGCUCGGGCGCGACAUGGCAGUGUUUCCCCUAGAACCCAACCUCGCGCGGGCUGUCGUCGCCUCGCGCGAGUUCGGGUGCACGCUUGAGGUGAUCGACAUCGUCUCCGUGCUCUCCGCGUCCUCCAAGCUCUUCUUCGACUCGACCGACGAGCGCGAGGCGGCGUCCGAGGCGCGCCGCAAGUUCCGGCACCGCAGCGGGGACCACAUGACCGUCCUCAACGUCGUGCGUGCCUACCAGGUGGUCGCCGCGGCGGAGAAGAAGAGCGGGCGGAGGGAGUGGUGCAAGCGGCAGUUCUUGAACGAGCGGUGUCUGGCGGAGGCGCAGGACAUCCGUGACCAGCUGAGGGAGGUGUGUACGCGAAUGCAGAUCGAUUGGAAGACGUCGUGUGGGGAGGACGAGCAGCCAGUGUUGAAGUGCCUGGUUCGGGGAUUGGUGCAGCAUGCGGCAUACCUGCAACCCGACGGGUCGUACAAACAGCUAAUGGGACCUUCGAUUGUCAAGAUCCACCCUUCGUCCUCGCUAUGUGACAAGAAGGUACCCGUGAUUAUCUACGACGAGCUGGUGUACACGACCCAUAUCUACGGUCGCGGCGUGUCAGCGGUACCACGCAGUUACAUAGCCGAGGUGCCUGUCUUGAAUGUCAAAGGCACCUGA